UCUCUAAGGUGCCACAAGUACUCCUUUUCUUUUUGCGAAUACAGACUAACACGGCUGUUACUCUGAAACCUUUCUCCAAGCUUCUUUGUCAGCUUUGUCGGGCGGGGGACCUGCUACUAAACUAGUCUCAGGGCAGGUCUUUAGCUCUGGGGGUCCUGACUUUGGCUGCCCUACAAGGGGCCAGUUCUCCGUUCCUCUUUCUUUGCUGGUUUCUUAGAAACUCUGGCGAUUUAUUAAACCUCGCAGAGGUCACGAGCUGUGGGUUCACUCUUCGGGUAAAGAUACAACCGGAGCAAGGUACAACCGGCCCCCGCCGGCGGAGCGUCUUUCCCGCUCCCUUCCUUCCUUCUUCCUUGGCGGGGCUCCCGCUCCCCGGCAGGCUGGAGUUUCGGUUUCUUGCAAAAGGCGCGCUGUGAAUGAAACGGAGACUCUUCCGGGAAUUGGCAAUAGCCGCAGGAGGCCAGCAGGGGGCGGCCGGGAGGAGUGACACGCCUGCACGAGCCGCCGGCACCGGCAGCUGCGAGGAAGAAGAGGUCAGGGAGGGGAUUUUGCAGCUUGCAAGCAGCUUGCAGCGCCAGGGCAGAGGUCGGUGCCUGGCGAGCAGGCGAGGGGAAAGCAGGCCCCUCCCCACCACGCAGCGGGGCUGGCGGGUCCCCGGGCUAGCCGCGGGGUGCAGAGAACCUGCUCUGCUUUGGAAGGUGGCGGAUCUCUCUGGGUGGGAGCCUGUGUGGUCCCCGUUUUCCUACCAGCUCCAGUUUCUGGGGACGAGACCCUGGGCGAGCGUCUCUGUGCAGCCGAUUACAGGCUGGUCAGCUUGCAGCUGGCCCGCGGGCAGUGGAUUAGAUUUGAUGGUACCAGUGAGUGAGGAAGGGCUCAGUGAAACCCCCCCGCAACGCCCUCCUGCCCUCACCGGCAGCCGCCCCCGGCGUGGCUCAGCGCCCGGGCCGGUGCGCAGCUGGUGCCUCUGCCAGGCGCAUUACAGCAGAGAGCCCGGAGGCUGGGGAAUCCCUGGGCGAGCGGUUCUAGAUCCCACACACCACCAUGGCAUCAAAGUGUCCCUGAAGACAUUGUGUAACAACAGUGACUAAUGUCUCUCAAGCAAAGUUCUUCUCCAUUCCUUCUUGACAUGGAGACCCCAAUUACUUGAGACUCUCCUUUAACCAGCCAAGAAGGACAGGGAUCUGCAUCACAGCUAGUGGAUCACAUCUUUUUAGAGUAUCUGCUUUUUGUAACUCCCAUGGAGCACCUCAUUUCUAUACUGUCCAAAAACAUGGCAUAGUUGAUAUAACUGCUGCAAAGCAGCUGCAAAACCUGCUUGGAUCAGAAACUGUUCUGAGGAACUGUAAAGUGUGGCGGGGAUUCUUAGAAACUCUGUUAAAAUUCUGCCAACAAAAUGAAGGGAAGUUUGGGCUGAAACUCCUAAUCUGGAUGGAGAGAGGACCUAACCCAUCAGAAUAGCUGUCUACCUGACUGCAUCAAACUGCAGGUAUUUUCAAAACCCUUCCUGAAAUAGGAUCUGUCCCUCUGGUCUCCCCACAGGUGUCUCAUCUUCCAUACACUGACCCAACCAGUCACUCAGCAGCUCAUUCAGAUUGCUAAUGAUAAUAUGAGGUAAUGGAUGUGCAGUGGCUGUGCAUUGUCAAUUUGUAAACUCUGCUGUGUAAUCUAGCGCUGUCCCCACACAGCUUAAGCGCACACAUGCUCUCUUAACAAAAUUCCAAAAUGAAACGCUCCACUGGGAGGAGGAGGAGGAGAGAACAAACAUGUAACCCUUCUGCCCGUCAGAGUUGGCAGCAACAAGGGCCGGGUUCAAUAUCUAGGGGAUCCAUUCCAAUAACACAAUGCAAACCGGCUUGAGCCCCCACCCAGUGACCUGGGACAAAUAUAUACCACCCCCGCUGGGCGCCUCCAAGAGGCAAUACUUCCCCUCUCGCAAGCACAUAGUCUGAGUGUAGCAAAAAGCCUUUUAAUAACAGAGAAAAACAAUGUGGCAUUAUGUUGGGGAAACACCACCAACAGGAUUCAUAACACAACCCAUGAGCAAAAAUAACCCACCCCAAGCAAAUUGGGGCAUACCCCUUUCCCUUUGGUUCUUGAGUCCAGCAACCCCAAAUUACCCAAAGUCCCAAAAGUCCAAUGACCCAAAAGUCUCUGUCCCUGGUCAGGGCAGCCCCAGAGUUCGAAAGUUUAUCUGCGGAGCUUUACCUCCCAACCUGGGUGGAGAUGGGACGGGGGUAAGAGGCACCUUACAUGAUCUGAAGCUGACCGCCCCACAGCUCCAUAGGCCUUCGCUCCGCCAGCCGCCCCACGAACGCCUUCGCUCAGCUCCGCGGCCCACAAGUAGCUCCCGCCGUCCCAUGAACUGCUCCACCAGCCUGUCCACAAGGCACUCCAGCCGUCCUGCAAACUGCUCCACACUAUAUCUUCAGGCUCCCCCACUACUAAACACAACGCUCAGUGAUUUCAGCUCUUAGUCAGUUCAGCUCUUUGGUGAAUUCAGCUUGUAGUAGGGGAGCGUCAGUGCUGGUGCACUGUUAGCCCAAAGUGAGCUCAGCACCUGUAACUAGACUUCUAAUGAAAUCAAAAUUAGCUCUGAUAUUCCACAGUGGAGAGAGGAGGAAGUGAAUUAGCAUGUAAGGCCCUCACCAAGGGGCCCAUGCCACCAAGUAUUAAUACUUGUCCCCAGCCUCUCUCAAUUCACAGUUUUGGAACCCAUGACCCUUGCCUAGCGAGUGCCACUUAGUUGAUGGUGAGUCCCCUCCACCAUAACAAAAGGCCAAGCACAGUUCCAAGCACAGUUCCCAUAAUCAGGGUAAUAACAAUUUAUUCUUCCUGCCCCAAUAACAGAGACACUUGGGAUCCCACAGCAGCCAAAGUGACCAUUUGGGCAGCUAUGGCCUCAUUCUAGGCGGGGUGGGUGUGCCUAUGCAAAUGAGAUCGGCCCCUGAAGUUCUUUUCCACAACUUGCCACACCUCACCACCAGAUGUCAGGGUGGAGCUCAUCCUGACACUGCUUACAUCCAUAUGACAGGUGUUAGUCACAACACAGAUGCUACUGUGAUGAGCACAGUAUGAUACCUUAUCUAGAAUAGAACAGGGACUGGAACAUGCUCAGUGCAGGCAGAAUCUCUAGAGAAUUUAGCUGUCAAACUCUAACAAACUAUUGGGCAUAGAGGAAAUUAGUUCUUUCAGAAACUCAAAGCUCGGCCAAAUUUGGGUGAAUUUUCAUUAGGAUGACUAAAAGCACAUCCCUGACACCAGUGUGACUCCCUUGCCAACUUCUGAGUGCUUGACUUUGCAACCUCAAUAACAUUAUUUGAACCUUUUUUUGUGUGUAAUAGCCCAUCCUGCCACAAUCUAUUAGAAAAUGUAAUAUGCCUUAACUGAUUUCUAAUUGGUAUAGCUAGAUUAGUAUUUAUUUAUUACUGUGCAACGCGUAAUCUGGAACCCACUGAAAUGCAAACCUAUUUCAAGAACAAAACUGCUGACUGUAGCCAUUUGCUACCUGUCACAGGGGAAAGUAAUAUAGCCAGAAUCCCCUUAGGUGUAUGCCUAUCAAAGGAAAGGUCAGCUUCCUGUGAAGCAAAUGAUAAAAUGCAGCCAUAAUGUAACUGCAUGAAAUAAAAACCUGUAACAAUACGUUUUACCUUGUACCGUAAUUAUGCACAUUCAUUACUGUAGGAGUGAAUCACUCCCAAAUCAGUUACUGGCAAAAGUAUAUGUUUUUUCAAAGAAAAAUAU